AUGCGGGCACACAGUGGGGAAAGGCCAUAUGCCUUCAAGGAAUGCGGGAAAACCUUCAGCCUCUCCUCAGCCCUCAAAAAGCGCACACAGAUGCACAGUGGGGAGAGGCCCUACCACUGUCAGGAGUGUGGGAAGACCUUUACCUGCUCCUCCCACCUCACCUCACACAGACAGAGGCACACUGGGGAGAGGCUGUUGGCCUGUCAGGAGUGUGGCAAAGCGUUCAGGUACCCCUCAGCACUCAACAAGCACAAGAGAACUCACAGCGGGGAGAAGCCAUACACGUGUGAGCAGUGCUGGAAAUCUUUCAGCGACUCCUCGGCCCUUGGCGAGCACAUGCGGACGCACAGUGGGGAGAGGCCAUAUGUGUGUGAGGAGUGUGGGAAAACCUUCAGCCGCUCUUCACACCUCAGGAGACACGGGAGAACCCACAGCGGGGAGAGGCCGUAUGUGUGCAAGCAGUGCUGGAAGUCCUUUAUUGAAUUCUCGUCCCUCAAGAAGCACGCACAGACGCACACUGGCGAGCGGCCCUACACGUGUGACGAGUGUGGGAAAACCUUCAUGCUCUCAUCACACCUCAGGAUACACAGGAGGACUCACAGUGGGGAACGGCCGUACUCGUGCCUGGAAUGUGGGAAAACCUACACCUGCUCCUCUAGCCUCACCUCGCACAGACGGACACACAGUGGGGAGAGGCCGUUUGCCUGUAAGGAGUGCGGCAAAGCAUUCACGUACUCCUCAGUACUCAAAAAGCACAAGAGAACUCACAUUGGGGAGAGACCGUAUGCAUGCAAGCAGUGCGGGAAAUCCUUCAGCGAUCCCUUAGCCCUCAACAAGCACACACAGAUGCAUAGCGGGGACUGGCCCUACACGUGUGAGCAGUGUGGGAAGACCUUCAUCUGCUCCUCCCACCUCAGGAUGCACAGGAGUACACACAGCGGGGAGAGGCCAUACAUGUGCCAGGAGUGCGGCAAAACCUUCAGCCGCUCCUCCCACCUCAGGAGACACAGGAGAACACACAGCGGAGAGAGACCCUACUCGUGCCAGGAGUGUGGGAAAUCCUUUACCUGCUCCUCCACCCUCACCUCACACAGACGGACGCACAGUGGGGAGAGGCCGUUCACCUGUGAGGAGUGCGGCAAAGCGUUCAGGCACUCCUCAGUGCUCGCCAGACACAGGAAAACUCACAGCGUGUAA